UUUUGCUAUCAUUAAAUUAUACCUGGAACUUCAAAUUUAUUUGUUAUUUUGUUAUUUUUCAUAUUGUACAUUCAAAAUCUUUGCAACUGAAAAAAUAAGUUCUAGGCAAACAGGGCAGGGUUCGAGCAAGUCCGUAGACAACAACAAAUAAGGAUAACCUCUGUAACCCCUUUUAGAAAAACAUCAUACAGUCAAGAUUCAGUAUAAAAGGCGCACUUGAAUCGUCCAUUUGUUACUAAAAUGUGGGCGCAAUAUCUAACAAUACAAGAAGUGAAUAGUUUGGAAAGUGAUCGGUUUAUUAAAAUUUUUGGAAAUAUUGUGGAACAUUGUUUGGCUGCUGGGAUCGGGAUUCUAAAAAAUCGUCCUUUUCAAAAUAUCGAUGGCGUGGUUGCUGCUAUUGAACAGUAUUUAGAAAAUCUAAAACUACAAGAAAAAAUCAAAGUCCUCCAGCUUUAUCCAGACAGCGUGAGUAAACUAGCUGGUUUUAGUAAUUCCAUGUUAGAAUUCAAUACCCAUCAAAAAAUUAUCAGCACUGAAUCUAGGACAAGUCUCAGAUAUGAAGAAAAAAAACGACUGAAACAAUUAACGAAAAGUUAUAGGGACAAACACGGUUUUCCUUUUAUUAUUUGUGCAAAAGAAGAAAACAUUGACAGUCUUUGCGCAGAAAUUGAAACUAGACUGAUGAAUCAUACUAGGAACGAAACUGAAAUUGCUUUAAAGGAAGUUAAUAAAAUUUGCAAAAUGAGAAUUUACGAAAUUAUAAAAUAAUUUUUAUACUUGUUUAAUCUUUACUUUGUAGAAGUUUUUCCGAGUUUAUUUUAUUAUUAUUGACUAGUGUAAUAAUAGCAAGACAAAGACUGUUUUUUUUUAUAUAGGAACUUAUCUAAUUAGUGAUGUAAACAUUAGUUUUUAUUGUGUGUAGCUAAAAUUAGUGGAUACUUUUAAUAUUUACCUAUGUCUAAUUUUUUAAAUAAAAUUUUCCAAACUAAAUUUCGAAUAUUUAUUAAUUUAUGAAACAAAUAAUAAGACAUAGAAAUAUCUAUAAUAUUUCUCUAGUUAAUAAAAAAUUAGGAAAAAAUCUUAGGCCUUCUAUUGAAUCAUCCCUGCAACUUUUACCAUAUUUUUCAGCAGUUAAUAGGCGUUCUGUUGCCAGUGUUACUGAUAUACCCAAUUUUUGUGACAGUUCUUCUGAUGUAAGAGAGCCAUUGUCCUCCACCUGAUUUUUGAAUAAUAAAUAAUUUUUCAAGUGUUGCUAUAUUAUAAUAUUUCUUACCAAAACAGCUGUGGCCUCUGCAAUACUUUCACUAUCUAAGCUACUCAACUGUAGCACCAUUACACCAGAAUUAAACUGGAAAACUUUUAAAGGCAUUUGCAGUUGCUCCAUCAAUUUACAAGCAUUUAAAACGUCUUCUGGAGAUAUCAGCUCUAAUCCUUAACAAAAGUUUUAAAAAUGUACAACCAUAACAUUGUAUGCCCUAUCUGUACCUACCCCUUGCUCUAUUUAUCCUGCAAAACGCAUCAGUCAAAACUAUCAUUCCUCCAACUUCUUCGAUGUGGACAAGUAAAAAAUCGCAUAUUUCCUUUGCUAAGCUCCUGUAAUAUUGAUUGUUUGAUUUAUAAGAAUCUCUGGUUACAGGAUCAUCUAUACCCAAACUUAAAAGGUAGGAUUUAAAACGGACAGUUUCAUCUUCUGUAAUAUCUCCUUG